CUAAAUUUUGUUCUUUCCAUCACCGCAUUCGUGGGGAACACACUGAUCCUGGUGGCUCUUUAUAAAGUGCCUUCUAUUCAUCCACCGACAAAACUGCUAUUUCGAUGUCUUUCAGCCACUGAUCUUUGCGUUGGCCUUUUUCUGCAACCAUUGUUUGUUAUCCGUAUACUAAAUAGUGCGACAAAGAUAAUUAGCCCUGGGAAUUUUUUCUACAUCAUCGAAGCAAAUUCAUCUUCAAGUUUUAUUUUGUGUGCAGUAUCAGUCCUGACAUCGACCGCUAUAAGUUUAGACAGACUUCUCGCCCUUACGCUGGGCCUGCGAUACAGAAUCGUUGUAACGUUGAAGCGAGUUGCUGUACUAGUUACUUGUUUCUGGUUGAUU